CCUGGCCUUGCUGACCGGUGGGCCCCAUGCGGUAAUGGCGGCCAUUUUCGAUGCCAUCAGGUCGGCCAUGGGAGGAGAGACACGCCCCACGGGACCCACCGGCUAUCAACCCUCGGAGCUGGCCAUCCGAUCGCUUUCGAGCGUGUCGGACAAGCAUGGACUAUCAAAGGCAAUGUCCGGGGAAAGUGGCUUGUGGCCUGGGGAAAGCUGCGUGAGUCCAUCUCCCAGCUCCUCAAAGCGGCAACCUGAGAUCCUGCUGGGGGGGCCGCCAGAAGUCUCAGUGCUUUCCAUGCGAAGUCGAGGUCAGCAGAUGGCUUCGUACCGCUCAGUUCCAGAGGACAGGCCCUUCAGCACACCCUUCGACGAUGUGGCUUCACUACCGGCACCCGGCUGCGCCGGUGUGCGGCGAACGCCUUCCAUCGCCUCGAGUUUGCCGGAAAGGAUCCCAUCCUUCAAGACCGAUAUGGAUUCCUUCGCGGACAGUGAGGCCUUGACAGAGGCCCUACAGAGCGGUCUGCCAAGCAACAGCAAUCAUCAGUCCAUGGAAGCACCAGGCCUGGGUCUAGGCAUCACCAGUGCCCCCGGCGCGCCAGCGCCUCGCGGGCUGCGGCCUGGGGAACGGCCCUGUGACAAGUGGCUGCCCGGGAGCGUCGUGGAGGUCUAUUCCGCCUCGGCGGGGCGUUGGUACCCUGCAGAGGUGGGGCAGGUGGAAGGUCAAGGUGGUGGUCAGGAAGACAUCGUCACGGUGGUCUUCUACCUGGGGGAUGAGAUGAAGCAGAAAUCGGUGUACCGCACCGACAAGGCCCUUGCGGUCCUGGGGGCCCACACCUUCUCCGAACUGCCUCCCGGUUUCGAAACCCGCGCCUCGCAGUCGAAGCCGGGACAGCUGGUCUACUUGGACCUGACCACGUGCACAAAGUAUGCCUCCCUGGAGCUAGCUUGGCAGGUUCAUUUCCAGCGCCUGAAGCAACUGCCCGCUGCAGGCUGUGAGACAGUGGCCGCGGUCCCGGCAGCCAGGCCGCCGCCACUGGCGCCGCGCCGCGGUGCUGUGAACGGCGGCAACGUGCCGCCGGUGAUGGAGGAGGAUGAGCUGAAGGAGGACUCGGGGAAGGUGGCGCUGCCCAGCUUUGGCGAUGAGCUUGGCAGCCAGGGCGCCUACUUGGACUAUGUGGGUGCCCCCUUGGCCGCAGCCAACCGCUAUGGGAAGGAAAACCCCAUGGCUGCGGGCUACCAGGUGAUUCAUGCCUCGGCUCCACAGCGGCCCAUCAAGAUCCGCAAUGUGGACCCUGCGCUGCAGACAUGGCAGGAUGAUGCCUUCUCUGAAUGGCGUAGAUGAGCAGCGACCAGUCGGCCAAGAUAUGAUGGCGAGGAUUGUGGG